UCAGUGCAGGUUGGACGUUUGUGCAAUAUACAAUUUUUCUCCGCUCACGUUUAUUUUUUAUCGAUUGUUUUAGUGUAUUUUGUUAUUAUCGAAUUUGUUCGUUGGACAACAGUUUGAAGUUCGAGUGUUUACGAUCGACUUCAUAUUGGUAACGGUUAACGCGAUCGGCUUAGUGAAUUCGCGUGUAUGGCCAGCAGAACUUUUCGGGACGUGACUGAAGUGAUUUAAGCUAGUGUUAGUAUAAGCCUUGUUCGAACCAGAGCAUUGACUAUACCUUCUGGAGUAACUUCAUGAACCUUCAGAACUGACGUAAAGUGACAAAUAGGCGAGUUUACGUUGAGUACCGGAAAAUACUCAGAUUUAUAUUGAUUAUUCGUUGCAGUUGAUGUGGUUCAAAGAAGAAAUACUGUCAUUUAUUUCAGUUUUAUACAUUUUGAAAUGAUUUUGUGAAAGUCGGAGAGUUGAUACGUAGCAUUGUAUGACCGGUUUCGGAGGCAAGUUUGUUCGAUCACUCAUCACCCACCAGUGCCGUAACAAAAACAAAACCCAAACUACACGGAUUUGUGACGAGCUCAAACCGGCUACGUUUCCUUUCAUGAUGUUUAUAUGCGCAUUGUGACAGAUUCAUCUAGGCGUUUACGACCGGAGAAGCUGAAGAAGCUAUUUCCGGUGUUCGGUGCGAUCAGUGUGUGGAAAUAAACAAACACCAACGGUAUAAUCUAGUUGGAGGUGCUAAUAGAAGUGUUAAGGUUUAAUUAUCCAACACUAGAGAAAGAUUAUCUGCAAAUAUCAAGGCCUGUGCGGCGUGAUUGCAACGAAUGCGUGUUGAACAAAUAAUUUUUUAGUUCGUUGUUUACAUCUAUUGUUUAUCAUCGCAGUGUUGUUUAGUUAGUGUGUUGUUCUAAUUUUUAUAAGAGGUGCUAGUAAUUUAAAAGAAGCGCUCAAAGCAGCUGUGCAAUCGUAAAAGGAAUUCGCAGGCAUUACCUACACUAGAGUUUGGAUUAUCGUGCGCCGUCCACGAAGCUACACUUCCCUUCUUACCAUUUUGUUGUACUAAUACAUUCGUACAGUGAAAGAUUUAUCGCUUAGUUUGUUAACAAAGCUGCAACGAAUCAAACAAGAAACCAUACGACAAGGAGUAGCCACUGAUAAGAGCACGUCAAUUCAUUCAAACUUCAUGAUACAACGAUUACUCAUUACAGAAUAUCAGAAGAUAAAUCUUAUUGCCUACGAAUGGGUUUGGAUGACUGACAACAACUUUCAUCCUCGUACCCACUCGAAGGAAUACCAGAAGAAGCAUAUUCUCGACAACCAUAAGCAAAGCAAUGAAAUCAAAAUUUUCUCAUAGGCGUUUUAUGAAGUAACAAAUCCGGUAGAAUAAUCCGAAAGCUUGGUGCGAAACCGGAAGUGUUUGAAUUCAAGUUUUGUUUUUGAGUUAGUAAAAGAUUCCGAAGCGAAAGCGAGAAAAAUAAAUAUCUGCCCAUAAGAGGAAGCAAGAGUUUAUACAGUAAUAUGAGCGUCUAGCAAUGCGGCACCAUCAUAGUGAUUAAUAGCGAAUUACUCGACCCAUUAGUCUCCGGGAGCACGACUUCCAAGUUGCACAGCUUUCGCAAGUAAUCGGCGGCGAGACGACACUCAUCCGGUUACCAGAAGAAAUUGCAAGUGCCAAAGAGUGAGAGUCAAUGUUGCACCAUCGCCAUCACGCGUCGUCCUCGCAGCUGUCCUCGUCUUCCUCGGUUGGCUCACCGAUGAACCACAAAGACCUGGAAGCGGAACUGGAUGAAUACCUGUCCGAGUACAAAUUGCAGGCACCCGAGCCGAUCAGUCACUAUGCAGAUGGAGAAUUAGAAGCAGAAUGGUUGAAUGCAGCCGGGUUUCCUCAACUAACCAGAGCCUUCGAGGAGGGUCGCGAGCUUUCCACCACUGAACUAGUGCCGGUCAUUGCGAGUCUCUCGACGGCGCACGCGGAAGCAGUAAAACAACGGGUGAAAGCCCUAAACCGAACCGUACGCGGAAGGACUCGAAAUCGCGGCAGCAAAAAACCGGACAUCCGUGAUGUGUUCCGCGAUUUGGAUUCGUCCAGCACGGGGACACGAUCACGAAGUGCCACUCCCGACUCGUUGGACUCAUUGCCCGGCGACGAAAGCUGGAACAGCAAUGCAACGCACCACCAUCACAUCCCACGCUUUGUAUCCGUAUUCGAUGGUGGCAACGGCGCCGUAGUCCGACCAACACCGAUCCGCGGCAAGCAAAACUUACGGCGGACACCAAGCGCACCGUUACGUGGCUCAGCAGAGCUUUUUCGUGGGACGCACGUUCGUUGUGACAUUCCGUUUCAUAAUGAGGGCAUAGAAUUGCUCAACUUCCAGAGAUUGGGUACCAUACAUAUACCAAGGAUUCGAUCCGGUUCGGAUCCAUCCUGUACUAUUGGAACUCGCGGAGGUCAGCAUAUUUCUGGAACUCGAAGUCAUACGAAUCUUUUCAACGGCAACCAGAGUAACGAUGACUCCGGCAACUCGUCGUCCGAGCAAAGCCCCCCGAAUUCUCCACCACGCAGCAGCUUACUCUGCUCCGUGGAAAAUUCUCCUCUACGAUCGUCCUACGAGCCGAUCAGCUUCGAGAGCAUGGUCAAACAAACAUCCACGCCACAUGAAUCUACCCACAAGCUGUGGCAGUUGCAAAAUCUCCGAGAAUCGUUCUGCGAUAUUGACCAAGUGUCCGAAUGUGACUUGAAACGACUGCAGCCGCUACUGUGGCUGGAACUGGCCUCUUUGUUCGAUAAGAACCAUGUUACCUUGGACAAACGGAAACCAUUCAAACGAAAACGAAAAGAGGAGGGUAAUGUCUUUGGAGUGUCACUAAACGCCCUGGUGAGACGGGACCAACAGAUAACCGGUGAGGACACUACGCUCGUACCUCUGAUAUUGCAAGCGAUCUUAUCCCAGCUAAGGUUACGCGGUGCUAGAGAGGAAGGCAUCCUACGAGUGCCGGGUCACAAGCAAAAGACCGAGACACUUUAUAACGAGAUCGAGCACAGUUUUUACUACAAGCCAGAGAAAGUAGAGCCUUUAUUCAAAAAGGCAGGGGUACAUGAUCUAAGCGCCCUUUUGAAGCGUUGGCUUCGAGAGCUACCUCAGCCGCUGCUGGCAAACGAUCUUGUGCAUUUAUUUUAUCAAACAAAUGUUCUACCUCCACAUGACCAGUACAAAGCAUUAGCUGUACUUUGUCAGUUGUUACCACACGAGAAUCGCAACACGCUACGGGAACUAUUAACAUUUUUCCGAUUAGUCGUGGAUUUACAGGACUCGAACAAGAUGUCACAACAAAACGUUGCUACUAUCAUAGCGCCCUCGUUAUUCCCGCCCAGGUUUGUGCACCCACCGGAUAAGAAUGACAUUGGAGCCCAAGUUCGUAUGGCGGCUCAGUGUUGCCAUCUAACAAACGUGCUCAUUACGCUUGCGGAUGCCUUGUGGUUGGUUCCAUCUCGUCUCAUCGAGCAGAGUAAAAUGAUUAAUAAAAAUGGACAGCCCAAACGCCAAUUGACGCGAAAGACCAAAAAUCCUCCAGCCAAUAGCAGUGACUUCGUUAUCGAUACCAACCACAUCCACAGAUUAGUUAUUUAAGCAAAGCAGGAAUACCAACCAAUAAAUUUUAAGUACGAAACAUUUCCGUUAAAGUUUACUGAUAACCCUAUAAUUUUAGACUGUUGUACUAGAGAUGGGCUUGUUCAAUGAACUAGUUCUCCAGAGCCGUUCAUUCGUUCUAUUCAUAGUUGGUUUGUUUGUUCAAAUGUCCCGGGUUGGCGGUUCGAUGCAUAGGACGCUGGUCUUACAAGCCAAUUGUCGUAUGUUCGAGCUCCGACCUGGAAGGAUUCUUAGUGUCAGUAGGAUCCAUAGCCAUGCAAUGAUUCUGCAUUGUUUGUUCAAAGACUAAACGAGAACUUACUUUUGUAAGCUUAAGCGAUUAAAAAAAAGGUCCCUCGAAGUAAAACUGAGGUUUCGUAACGAAUUUUUGUUAUUAGUACCGUUCUUGAAAAAAGGUUGAGCGAGCUCAAAAAACAAAAAAAAAGAUCCCUCGAUUUUUAACAGAGGAACUACCGUUCUCGAAAAAAGAACUAUAGCUACUUCAUUCUUUCAAAAGAACUAGUUCUUUUGAACCGUUCGCGAACGAAUUGCCCAUCUCUAUGUUGUACCAUGCUAAAACAGUUUCCUCAUCGAAUUAGUGAACAGAAAGAAUUUAUUGCUGCUGCACUCUAAACUUACUGUUCAGGUACUUGAGCAUGGAAAUGAGUUUUCUGAGAGUACCUGUAAGAAGAGUGACGACAUCUCACUUGAAACAUUUUAUCGUUGUAUUGUGUUUGACUGGUCGCUUGUUCGUUUCGAACGAUACUGCUUGUUUCAAACAAACAGCUGUCGUCUCUUUACUUACAUGCACUCUAAGUUUUCUUAUUCGAGAACUGCAAUUAAUAGCAGAUUAUUGUAAAAUUAGGCUGAAUCAUUCAAAUUUGUUUGUUCUUUCUCGUGUGUGUGUUUUGUCUAACUAUAUCUUGGCUUACCGAUAAACGGUGCUUUAAUAUUUUUAAUUCAUUAUAUUACCAGAUAGGAAAAGUAAGUGUACUGGACGGAUCCUUUACCAAUACUAUCGAUUCCAGCUGGAGCGGAUUCGAGUUGAAGAUAGAAAUAUUACCACCUAUGCAUAAUAUCGCGUGUUGUAGUAGGUUUUGUGUAUUUUAGGAUCUAUAUCAGCGAACUAUACAGUCGAAACGUACGACGCUACAUGCAUGGCACGUGGCAAUCAACGGGAAAUCUUCUCCUACAAUAGCAAAUACAAAACCAUACGUAAGUGGAGCCCAUGAAAGAUGAUAGUCAUUAAACUGUAUAUUUAUUACGGUGAUAUAGUCAAUGAUUGUAUAUACCGAAAUGAAAACUAACUAUUCUAUACUGUAAGUAUAAGUGUGCAACUGAUUUGGUAAUAAAGUAAAAUUGUACUAUUA